UGAACUUUAGUGAUUUACUGUACCUCUAAUUUUUCUGACUAUCAAACGAAAUUGAUAUAUAAUGUCGCGAAUAAAAAAAUAUUUCUUAUUGCUGAGUGAGUACUCAACAGGUACAACAAUAAUAUAUAAACAAAAACAACCGAGCGAUGAGCUUUUCGCCAUAUACCUCUAAAAAAGCCAUUCACUGUUAAAAGUCGCGAUUACACACCACGGUGCUGUGUAUGGUGUUGUUGUUAUUCAACUUCUUGAUAUUGUUUCAUUUUUUUUUAUUCGGAAUUGUUUGUUAGGUGCUGUUGGAAGUCUGCACAAUAGACAUAAUAUACCAAACAAUUUCAUUAUAUUUAAUCCACCGUGGAAAAUCGUAACAGCGGCAGUGAUUUUUGUUUUGCAGCUUUGCUCGUUUGAUUUGUUUGAGACGAAGAUUGUAAUAUUAAGAAACUGAUUUUCUAUUUCUUGUGUUCAGUGUAUUGUUUUGUUCGGUUGUCGGUUUCAUAACUGUGCAAUGUUUAUAAACUAUUUGAAUAUCGUUGCGGCCGUAUGCAUAAUAUUGUUAUCAGAGAUAUGGGCAAAAGAAUUUACUUCCUAUUGGAAUAUACCAUCUUUUGCGUGUUCCCACCGACAUAAAUUACCGCUGUUAAACGUAACGGAACGAUAUGGAAUAUUACAAAAUGUGGACGACAAUUUCAGAGGCGAUCAGAUAUCGAUCUUAUACGAUCCGGGACUAUUUCCAGCGCUUCUAAAAAACUCCUCAUCCAAAGAAUUAUUCCAUCGGAAUGGCGGUGUGCCUCAGAAAGGAAACCUUCGCGCACAUUUGGAAAUGUUUCAAAAACAUGUUGACGAACUGAUACCGGAUAAAGAUAACAGCGGAUUGGCGGUCAUUGACUUUGAAUCAUGGCGUCCGGUAUAUCGACAAAACUUUGGUGUUCUACAGCCAUAUAAAGACUUAUCGAUCAAACUUGUGAAACAAGCCCAUCCGUGGUGGUUGAAAAAUGAUAUUGAAAACGAAGCGAAACGACAGUUCACCGCCGCUGCAAAACUGUUCAUUCUGGAAACAUUAUCGUUGGCUAAGGAGCUACGACCGAAAGCAAAAUGGGGAUACUACGGGUUACCUUUCUGCUUCAACGGCCGGAACAAUGUAAUUGAAAACUGCGAGAAAAAUAUUCAAGUGGAAAAUGAUGGUACUCAAUGGUUGUAUGACGCAUCCGACGUCAUUUUUCCAUCUGUUUAUAUGACGGAGAAAGUCACUCCAAGAAAUCGCCCACCCAUGGUUCGCGGCAGAAUUAAAGAAUCAAUGAGACUAUCGAGAAAUGUGAAACGAAGCUCGAAGCCUCUGGUCAUUGCCUACCAUCGAUACAAGUUCACCGAUUCCUUAAAUUAUUUGAGUGAAGCUGAUCAUCUUGGAGCAAUUAAGGCAAUGAAAUCAACAGGCGCUGAUGGUCUUAUUUUAUGGGGAGCAUGGAACGAUAUCAACACAAAAGAGAAAUGUUUGGAGUUUUACGAUUACACGGAAAAAGUCAUGGGACCCAUUAUUCAUUCAUCCGGUAGAAGUUAUAGUGUUGAAGAAGUGAUAUGAAAUUGGUUGUGUGUAACAAAUUUA